CUUAUGAAGUAAAUGCAAAAACUGAAGAGAUCACUACACUACAGUCACAAGUACAAACAAUGUCAGAUCAAAUCCAACACUUGGAGGACCGUAAAGAACAACUCAUACAAGAGGUUGAAGGUUGGGAUGAGAAAUAUCGUGAGCUAUCUGACAGUUGUGAACAAUCAAAUGCUGACUAUUCAGAAAUGCAGGAGAGGCUGGCAUUCAAAGAAAAUGAGCUUGAGCAAAUGAAGUCCUGUUUUCUGCAGCUGAAGUGCCUCGAGGAUGACUGUAGCAACAGUGAAGAGACAAGAGGUGAUCACAAUCUUGUGCAACAAAAGAUACAACAAAUGUUGGAUGUUUCUGAGAUGAAUGCAAUGUUAAAACAGUCCGAUGAUGAACGUGAUCAGUUGAAACACCGGUUGGAGAUUGAAGCUGAGAGCCGAGUAGAACUUGAAGAUAAAAUUGCUACGUUAGAGCGUGACAUUGAAACCAUUCAAGCAGACAAAGCAAAAGUUGUUCGUCAGAACCAUGAGCUCACAGUAUUGACUUCAUAUCUGAAAGAGAAAGAGCUUCAAUUUCAAAGAGCUUUGGGUGAACAGGAAGUCCUCAAAAACCAGAACAUUACCAAAUUAGGAAGUGCUGAGGAACGAGUCAAGACAAUUGAGGAUGAACUAAGUAAUUACAUACAACAAAAUGAAGAUUUGAAACGAGAAAUCCUCAAAGCUGAGCGAGAUUUUCGUGCACAGAUUGCAGCAAAUGAAAAGAAAGCUCAUGAGAAUUGGCUGGCCACCCGCUGUGCGGAACGUGAAUUAAAAGAAUCAAAGCAUGAAUGUGCUGUAUUACGCCAAAAGUUAACAGAGCUUGAGCGACGAUCGGGUCCAGUUCCAGUCCCUCUCAUCCGGCCAUUAGCUACACGGAAUGUUAUGCCAGCUGGUCUUAUCAAUGGUCCACCUCCAUUGAUGGAAGGUGAACUCCACCGAAUACCGCUGUCAACACCUCCUGGUGAAGUGCCACAUGGAAGAAGUCCACAUUUAGCUGCUGGUAUUCCUGGAAAUGUAAGGGACGACAUUGGAUUAGAAGGACCUGGUGGUAGCAGCUCGUCAGGACACCGUCCAGACUCUCGGUCAAAGGCCCACCACAUAAGGUCACCUGUGCCUCCACACCCACAUCACCGUGGUGGUCCACCACCUCCUAGAUUGCGUGGUGGGCCUCCACCUCCACAUCCAUCUCCAAUGAUGUCUGCAAAGGGUCACGGUCCCAAUUCUGGUCCAUUAAAGAAGGGCAUGCCUCAACCACUCCCACCACCAGGGGAUGCCAUGUUUGGUCCACCACCACCACCACCAGGGGGCAGCAGUACGGAUUCACAUCGAAGGUCACCGAUGUCCAAUAAAACUCCCCCACCCCCACCACCAGGAACUCUUCCGCCUCCACCUCAUCACCUUCAUCAUUUGCAUCAUCGGCCACCACCUCCGAGGAUGCCAGGUGAAGGCAGGCCACCACCUCCAAUGAAUGUUGCUCAUGGUCACAGAGUCCCAGUACCGUACAAUUGCCCUCCAAGACCAACAGCUUCACAACAAAGUGACUCUCUUCCACAGAGUCGAGGGGAGAAGAUGCCUCCUAGACAACAUAGUCAAGUUUAAGUCCAGGAUAUAUUUAACAUGGAGUCAAUGUGCUGUUAAUUUGUCUUUGGAGAUAGUUUAAUAUAUGAUUACAUAUAUAUUUUUAAAUGUGUGUGUAUGGUUGUUUGUGUGUGUAUGUUUGUAUGUUGGCAUGCAUAUAAAUUUAUGUGCAUGUAUGUGUUUAUAUGUGUGUGUUUAUACAUACAUAAAUAUAAAUAUAUAAGUCAGUAAAUAGUGGGGUUGUGUUAACCGCACAUGGAGAAAUAAUAGGAAAAUGAAAAAUAAUAAUAAGGCAGAAUGCUAAACUGAAAGCAUAUUUUAAUAUAGAUGUGUAAAAAGGAUUUCUAACUGGCUUUCAUUGCAUGGCAAAUUUUCAAGAAGAGGGAGAAUG